GUUAUAACAUAUGUGCAUAAUUGUAUUAUACAAAAAUAGAUUACAUGUAUCCAUGCAUGGUUAAUUGUGUGAGGACGAAAUGGAUUUAUUAAGCGUACUCGAGCUUACAAUCUUACCAGACCAAAAACUGUUAGAAGAUGCCCAAAGAAUUCUAGAACAAGCCGCACAGUUUGAUCUACACGGUCUUCUGACAUCCUUGUCAAGGAUAUUGAACAAUGUCGCCAAAAGCAACGUUGCACGGACUCAGGCUGGGCUACAAUUGAAAAAUUCCCUGUACAUAAAAGAUCCUGGCAUCAAGACAGGGUACCAACAAAAAUGGCUUUCAAUUCUGGAGGAAAUCAGAAAAAGAAUUAAAACAAUUGUUUUGGCUUCACUGGGAACAGAAGCAACCAGUCAAAGCACAGCAGCCCAAUGUGUAGCCUAUAUCGCAUGUGCCGAGCUUCCCGCGGGUCUGUGGCCAGACUUGAUACCUUUAUUGGUCAACAAUGCCACCAACCCACAAACAUCCGAGGAAAUAAAAGAAGCUUCUGUACAAGCCAUUGGCUACAUUUGCCAAGAUAUUGAUCAAGCUGUUCUGCAAAGCAAAGUCAAUGAACUUCUUGCAGCAAUUCUUCAUGGAAUGAGAAAAGAACAACCCAGUAACCGUGUAAGAAUUGCAGCUUCUAAUGCAUUGUGCAGUUCCUUAGAACAUUUAAAAGCCAAUUUUGACAAAGAGACAGAGAGACAUUUCAUCAUGCAAGUUGUGUGCGAAGCAACCAAAUCAUCAGACACAAAGGUGAAGGUAGCUGCUUUUCAAUGUUUGGUGAAGAUUGUGUCCUUAUAUUAUACCCACAUGCAUUCAUACAUGGGUCUAGCACUCACUUCUAUAACAAUGGAAGCCAUGAAGAGCGAUGUAGAUGAAAUAGCUCUCCAGGGAAUUGAAUUUUGGUCUACAGUUUGUGAAAAAGAAAUAGCCCUUGCCACUAAAUUAUCAGAGACAUCUGAGCAAGGAAGGCCCUCGGACAGUCGGUUCUACAUUAAGGGAGCUUCCAUGUAUUUAUGUCCAAUUUUGUUACAAACAUUGGCAAAGCAGGAUAAUGUUAACAAUGAUAAAUGGAGCAUUAGCAAGGCUGCUGUAUUCUGUCUGAUGUUAAUAGCAACUGAGCUCAAAGAUGACAUUGUCCCCUUCAUCUCACCGUUCGUCCUGGGAAACAUCAACAGUGGAAACUGGGGACUUCGAGUGGCAGCUGUUAUGGCUCUGGAUUCAAUAUUGGAGGGUCCAGAUCCUGAUUUGCUUCAGCCAACAGUAGGACAAGUCAUCCCUAUGCUUAUUCAGUUGUUGAAUGAUCUCAGUGUGGCGGUGAGAGUCACAACAGCCCAAACUUUGAGGCGGAUCUGUGAAACUAUUCCAAAGGCCGUUAUCCCUGGACAUCAGGUUUUACCAAGUCUUAUUUCUUCCUUGUUAAAAGGCCUUGUUGCUGAACCAAGAGUUGCAAGUCAGAUAUGUUGGACUAUCUCCAGUUUAGCAAAGGCUGCGAACAUUAGUGUUAGUGUAGAAGACGUGCCACCCACAAACUGUUUAUCCAAUUCAUAUGCAACCAUUGUAGAAAAACUCAUUCAUGCCACUGACAGGUCUGAUGGAAACCAAUAUAAUUUAAGAAAUGCAGCAUAUGAGGCAUUAAUGAAAAUGAUUAAAAACAGUCCUAAGGACUGUUAUGGUAUUGUCCCCAAAACUGCCACAAUUGUUUUAGAAAAAUUACAAAGUCUCCUGCUUAUGGAGAAUAAGAUUCAAGUCCCCACAGAUCGUGCCCAGUACCAUCAACUUCAAUUCUUAAAUUGUAACACAUUACAGAGUGUUCUUAAGAAAUUAACACGACAGGACGCUCUCCGGAUCUCUGACCAAGUGAUGGGGGUUCUGAUGCGCAUGUGUACAACCUCUAGAGUUGUGCAAGAUGAUGCACUUCUAACAGUGUCCACACUAGUAGAAGUUUUAGGAGCAAAUUUUGCACAAUAUAUGGAUGCAUUUAAACCAAGAUUGAUUGCUAGCUUAAAGAAUUCCGAAGCAUAUUCUGUAUGUUUCGCUGCUGUAGGUGUAGUGAAAAAUUUAUGUCAAGCUCUAGGAAGAAUGAUGUUGCCAUAUUGUGCUGAAAUUAUUUUAUUGUUUGAGAAAUUAUGGAGUUCCAGCUUGCAUAGAUCAGUGAAACCUCAUGUUCUCUCUGUGUUUGGUGACAUUGCAUUAGCCAUAGGACCAGCUCAGUUCAAGCAAUUCCUGGCCAGAGUCAUGUCAAUCAUACAACUUGCCUCCCAAGGACAGGUGGAAAAGACUGAUUUAGACAUGAUUGAUUACCUGAAUGAUAUAAGACAAGGUUGUCUUGAGGCUUACACAGGAAUUGUGCAGAAUUUUAGAGAAAGUGGGAAAUCAGAAGACAUUUCUAUUUUUGUGCAGUAUAUUUCCCAAAUAAUGUCCCACAUAGAGAAAGUAGCACUAGAUUCGGAUCAUUCGAUGGAAAAUGUAUCAGCCUGUUGUGGACUCAUUGCAGAUAUGUGCACAGUACUUGGAGUUAAAAUGCUUCCAUAUGUUGACAAGGGGACUAUUCAAGGAUUGAUUACUGAAGGAUUAAAUUCCGAGAAUAAGAGAGUUAGAAAAAUAGCAAUGUGGGCUACUAAAGAAAUAAGCAGAGUAAAAAGUAUUUCAUGGUAG